CUGCGUUUCUUCCUUGUUGUUUAACUUUGUUGGCAGGUCACGGAGUGCUUUAAAUUAUUGAAUCAGUGUUGUGCAAAAUUCUGAUCAACGAAGAUAAACGUUUGACGCCUCCAGAGCACAUUAUUCCAAGACAAAUGACACGUAGUUAUGCCACCGUCGCGUACCAAAAUUGAUUCGACGUUUAAAUUGAUUUCUCUCACUCUGUCUGGCUAUUUGAAGUUAGUCAAUGUAGCCAAACUAUAUUGACAAGUUUAUUCUCUGAAUUACCUCUAACUAGUUAAUCAACUCUAAAUUACUAUUUUCAAUUUUGUGAAAUCCUACUUGACACGUGUGCGUAUCAAAGUACGAAUUGUAUUUGUGGCAACAGUAAUAGGAUCGGCUUCAAAGUUCAGCUCGAGUCAGGUGUUACAUUUAAAAAAAAAUCUUUAUUUACCUAGGUGUUUGAAUAAACAAAUCUCCCGUCUGACCCAUUUGUCACCCGUGCUGACUACAAACUCGACUUACAUGGCACCCUCAAAUUGACAUCAUGGCCCAGAUAUCCAGUGGUAAUGGGUUCAAGCUGGACGUGACCCAGCCCAUGGGGGUUGUGGGUAAGGAGGAGGCCCUUCGCAUGGAAGCGGAGGCCUUAGCGAAACUACAAAAGGAGAAGAGACACACGCUCCCGGCGACCCCCACCACUGCCGCUCCAAGGCCCACUCCUUCCUCCAGCAGCCGACCAGAGAAGGACCUCAUAGUCUUCCCCGAUGCCAAGAAGCAGGCGGAGAAGGACAAGUUCCAGGACAUCGACGUAGACAAGCUGACCAAUGAGGAGCUGGAGAAGCUCCUGCUGGACGACAGCUUCGGGGCCAACAGCGGCAAGGCCUCGCGGCCCUCCUCGCUGCUGGGAUUCAACCUCAGCGCCUCCUACCCGGGGGGCCAAGCUACCUCUCCCUUCCCCAACGGCCAGUGGACGCCUUCCAUCCUCUCCACCCCCUCCGGCUCCGGCGUGUCCACACCAACCCACCAUCAGGCUCCCAUGUUCCCCUCUGCUCCGUUCCCCAAGCCCCAGACCUGCUCCUUCCAGAAUGGCUUUUCUCCAGCCAUGCCGCCCUACAUGGGCUUGCCUGGCCCGCAGACCUCCUUCAUGGCCUUCACUCCUAUCCAGCAGCCCGGAGCCAUGGUGUUCCAUCAGCCCACCGUCACCCCGGAGAUGGCCAAGCUCUUCCACAAGAUCCACAGCACCUCGGAAUACUUGAAGAACGGCAGGUCAGCCAGUACUGACCUGGAUGCUGCACCGACCUGUGCCGUGUCGCUGGCGCCCAACCCACCGCCAUCUGCCGUGGAACCACUUGCUGUCAGCCGCUUCGAGUGGCUGGACCUGGACCCGCUCAACAGGUGCAAAGCUGAGGGUGAUGAGGGCACCUCACCGGCACCGAGCGGCACCGUGACUGUAGUGGGAGGGCCAGCCGGCGGGGACCCCUGGGACGCCGUGCUGCUAGAUGAGACUGAGGGAGGGGCUGGCGGCAGCAGUCCACCAACUGAGGUGAAGGGUCAUCUCGCAAGUCGCUCUCAGCCUCGGCAGUUGUCGGUAGGGGCGGGGGUCACCAGGAGCCACUCCCUCACCAUCCCAGAAUCCGCUUCCCAGCACAAGCCAAACAAUCAGCACGAUAAGAGACCUGUGAGAGUACUGUACACCGCCCUGGAGGAGAAGGAAGCCCAGAACCUAGAAGUUGUAGCCUUCUGUGAAGACGUAGCAACCCUGAGGUCAAAGUUCACCCAUGAUGACCUCCACACCAACCCGGGGUAUGUGCUGAGUGCAGUCAUCCCUCAGAGGGACGGGGGCGGAGACAAUGGCUGUAGCGUCAAGGUGUCCAUCGAGAUCUCCGAGUCCCAGGAGCCUGUCACCUUCACCUGCGAUGUGAGUUCUCCUGUGGAACUCCUCAUCAUGCAGGCCCUAUGUUGGGUUCAUGACGACCUCAACCAGGUGGAUAUUGGCAGCUACGUCCUCAAGGUCUGCGGCCAGGAGGAAGUGCUGCAAAAUAAACACAGCCUGGGCAGCCACGAGUAUGUACAGAGCUGCAGGAAGUGGGAAGCAGAGAUCAAGCUCCAGCUGCUCUCCCAGAGCACCAUGAGAAGGGAUCUGGCACGAUCGGCGGAAGAUGACUCCUCUCCGGUGGACUUGGAGAGGCACCUGACCCAAGUGGAGAGGCUGUUUAAGGAAAAGGUCACCAGGCAAGGCCUGGCCGACUAUCUGGAAGGCUAUCACAAUCAAGUCAACAUCUGCCUGCAGAAUGAGAGUACCCAGUAUAAGACUGUGGAUGGGGUGGUUCAGAUGGUGAAGAACCUGUGCUGUGCCCUGGAUGAGGUAGAGACCCAGGCCAUCACGGAGGCAGUCAAGAAAGUCAAACGCUCAGUCAACCUCCCCAGGACACGCUCGCCAGAGGUGGGCUCCAAAUCCUUAGGUGGCUCGGCAAAUGGUCACCUCAGCCCCGUAGAGGAGAGCAUGUGCUUCCUGACGGAUGCAGUCUAUGACCUGGCCAAGCUCUACCUGCGCUCCUUCUGCCCCGCCUCCUCUUCCUCUAGCUCCUCGCCUGACUCCUCCUUAUCCAUCUCCCAGCAUGCCGAGGGGGAGUCUCCUGUGGAGGGGCGUAGCUGUAAGGAGGCCUCGGGCACCACUGACCAUCUGCAGUUCACCCUGUUCGCCAUGCAUGGCAUCCCUGCGUCUUGGGUCAGCAGCUAUGAGAAGUACUACCUGAUGUGUGCUCUGACACACAAUGGCCGGAACCUGUUCAAGCCUAUCCAGUCCAAGAAAGUCGGCACCUACAAGAGCUUCUUCUACCACAUCAAAUGGGACGAACUGAUCAACUUCCCAAUGGCGGUGGCCCUGCUUCCAUUGGAGUCCAUGCUGACUCUCUCUCUCUUCGGGGUUCUGAACCAGAACGCCAGCGGCUCCCCAGACUCCAACAAACAACGCAAAGGACCAGAGCUGCUGGGCAAAGUCUCCCUGCCCCUAUUUGACUUUCGACGGGUGCUGAUGAGUGGGACCAAGCUGCUGUGUCUGUGGACGUCUCCUCAGCCUUCCUCUGCUGCAGCCGGGAGCCGGAGGAAGAACCUGGCUGAGAGGAUCAUACUGCAGGUGGACUUCCCCAGUCCAGCGGUGGAUGUGCUGUACGUGGGACCCCAGGAGAGACCCAGCCCUGAUCCAAACACCCUGGAGGAGCUUGACCCUGACCUGCGUCGCCAGGUGGACAGACUCUGCAGCCGAGCCUCCACCUUCGGGUUGACGCGGGCCGACCGCCAGCUGCUGUGGGAUCAGCGGCAUCACUGCCGGGCCCACACCCAUAGCCUGCCCAAGGUGCUGGCCAGCGCCCCCAGCUGGGACUGGGGCAGCAUGGCUGAGAUCCACUCCCUCCUCCAUCACUGGCCCUCGCUUCAACCAGUCUGUGCCCUGGAGCUGCUUCACUCUAAGUUUGCUGACACAGAGGUGAGGAGUGUGGCUGUCGGCUGGAUCGAAUCCAGCAGUGAUGACGAGUUGGCCGACUACCUGCCUCAACUAGUGCAGGCCCUGAAGUUUGAGUGUCACCUAAAGAAUGCCUUGGUCAUGUUCCUAUUGUCCAGAGCACAGGGCAACGUCAGUAUCGCCCACUACCUGUACUGGCUACUGAGAGAUGCAGUUCUAGACCCUGCGUUUGGCCGGAGGUACGACCAAGUGCUGGGGUCCCUGCUGUGUCUGUGUGGGGCCGGCCUCCGGGAUGAGCUGGACAAACAGACCCGCCUGGUCACUCUGCUGGGGGAGCUGGCCGAGAAGGUCCGGCAGGCCGGGGGCUCCACACGACAGGUGGUGCUCCAGGAGGGCCUGGAGAGGAUGCAGUCAUUCUUCCAGAAGAACAGCUGCAGGCUGCCCCUCAGCCCCAGCCUAGAGGCCAAACAACUCAAUAUCAAGUCGUGCUCCUUUUUCAACUCCAACGCGGUGCCCUUGAAGCUGGCCCUGGUGAACUCUGACCCUCUGGGAGAGGAGAUCAACGUCAUGUUCAAGGUGGGAGAGGACCUGAGGCAGGACAUGCUGGCUCUGCAGAUGAUCCGGGUCAUGGACCGCAUCUGGCUUCAGGAGGGACUGGACCUGCGCAUCGUCAACUUCAAAUGCAUUUCCACUGGGAAAGACAACGGAAUGGUGGAGCUGGUGCCGUCCUCCGACACCCUGAGGAAGAUCCAGGCGGAGUAUGGAGUGACAGGCUCCUUUAAGGACAAGCCCCUGGCGGAGUGGCUCCGCAAGUACAACCCCGCUGAGGACGAGUACGACAAGGCUUCGGAGAACUUCAUCUACUCGUGUGCGGGCUGCUGCGUGGCCACCUACGUGCUGGGUAUCUGCGACCGUCACAAUGACAACAUCAUGCUGCGUUCCACCGGUCACAUGUUCCACAUCGACUUUGGCAAGUUUCUGGGCCACGCCCAGAUGUUCGGCAGCUUCAAAAGGGACCGUGCUCCAUUCGUGCUUACCUCUGACAUGGCCUAUGUGAUCAAUGGGGGAGAGAGGCCCACCAGUCGCUUCCAGCUGUUUGUGGACCUGUGCUCCCAGGCCUACAACCUCAUCCGCAAACACUCAGGCCUCAUCCUCAACCUGCUCUCCCUGAUGACGUUGUCAGGCCUACCAGAGCUGACGGGAAAUCAGGACCUGAAGUAUGUAUACGACGCUCUGCAGCCCCAGACCACCGACGCAGAGGCCACCAUCUUCUUCACCAGGUUGAUCGAAUCCAGCCUGGGCAGCGUGGCCACCAAGUUCAACUUCUUCAUCCACAACCUGGCCCAGCUGCGCUUCUCUGGCCUACCGUCCAACGACGAGCCCAUCCUGUCCUUCUCCCCCAAGACCUACACGCUGAAGCAGGAGGGGCGCAUCCGCGAUGCCUCCAUCUUCUCCUUCCAGAAGAGAUACAACCCCGACAAGCACUACACGUACGUGGUGAGGCUCCUACGCGAGGGGCAGAGCGAGGCCCAGUUUCUCUUCCGCACCUUCGAUGAGUUCCAGGAGCUCCACAACAAGCUGUGCAUCCUCUUCCCUCUGUGGAAGCUGCCAGGGUUCCCUAAUAGGAUGGUGCUGGGCCGUACCCACAUCAAGGACGUGGCGGCCAAGAGGAAGAUUGAGCUCAACGGUUAUGUUCAAAACCUGUUGAGGAGUUCCACAGAGGUCACACAGUGUGAUCUUAUCUACACAUUCUUCCAUCCGAUCGCGAGAGACGACAAGACGGAAGGAUUGGAGACGACGGCCAGAGCACCAGAUAAGCCCCCGUUGAGUCCCAGCUCCGGCAGAGUGGAGGGGGAGGUGAAGCUGUCCGUGUCCUACAGGAACAGCACACUCUUUAUCAUGGUCAUGCACAUCCGGGACCUGGUAUCUGAGGAGGGGACAGACCCUAACCCCUAUGUGAAAACCUACUUGCUCCCAGACCCCCACAAAACCUCCAAGCGCAAAACAAAGACAUCCAGGAAGACCAGGAAUCCCACUUUCAACGAAAUGCUGGUGUACAGUGGCUACAGCAAGGAGACCCUGGGGCUGCGGGAGCUACAACUGAGCGUGCUCAGUGCCGAGUCGCUGAGAGAGAACUGCUACCUAGGCGGCGUCACGCUCACACUCAAAGACUUCGACCUCAGUAAGGAGACGAUCAAGUGGUACAAGCUGACUGCCGUGCCCUACUUCUAGAUGACUCCACCUGAGAAAAACGCUGCUUAUCAAGAAAACUCGAGAUGCAGCGGAACACCCCAGUGUGGUGCCUCAAAUCCUCCCCCUUCCUCCUCAAGACCCUGUCCAGAAACCACCCUUUACCCCUUUAGGACCUGUCCAGAAACAACCCCUAGCCCCUUUAGGACCUGUCCAGAAACAACCCCUAGCCCCUUUAGGACCUGUCCAGAAACCACCCCUUACCCCUUUAGGCCCUGUCCAGAAACCACCCCUUACCCCUUUAGGCCCUGUCCAGAAACCACCCCUAGCCCCUUUAGGCCCUGUCCAGAAACCACCCCUUUAGGCCCUGUCCAGAAACCACCCCUAGCCCCUUAACCCUUUUGUUAGAUCUCAAAGCAUGAUAAGCAAUAUGGUUGUAGCACCGACCUUUCAGGUCUACACAAGUGCCUAGAUAGAUGGGGGGCUAGGGGUUUAUUCUGGGUAGGGCCAUUCUCUCUCCCUCACUAAUCAAGGUUUUUUCUCCUUGUUUGCUACAAUCUCCACUUAUUUAGUUUGUCCUAAACUAUAACACGAGAGCUGUAAUGUUUUGUACAUUUUGACAUUCGAGGACCAAAACAUCUUACCUUCAGAAGAGUAUAUAUAGAUUGACACUUUUUAAUUUUUUUUAUAGUGGCUCAUUUUUACAAAAAAAUAAUAAUUCUACGUAAACAAAUAGGAAGCGUCUGGUUUCCUGCUAAACUAGCUGAGAACGUCUGGGAAUGUGCCCAUCACAAACCAGACUCCAGGAAAGAGUGUUCUUGUGUUUCCCAAUCACAUGCCAAAAGAACUGAUGAUGGCAAACCACUCUCCCAAAGGGGAACCGAUCAUGGUGCCUUGUUUGUGUUCACAAUCUCUUGUACACUCCACUUUAGCCUUAUUGCAAUGUAUUUUAUUUUAAAAAAUGUGAUAUUCCAAUUGAAAACAAUACAUCUAUUCUGUCAAAUAAUGUCAACAGUUCUCAGUGUGAGCAGAGUUGUGGACAAGCAUCAGAAGGUGUUGGAACGGUCACCUCCCACUUGUAUGCACACUACCAUAUAUUUAAUAUGGUAAAAACUUGACUUUUCACAGCACACUUUUGGGGAAGACAAGUUGCCUCAACGCUGAUCCAAUGCCAGUUUGAUAUUUCACCUCUUAUUGGUUUUAAGGGUAGAAUUUAGAGUGGGGUAAGCUGAUUGUAAACUUGUGCUCAAGAGGUAACUGGACAAAAAAAGGGAAAGCCAUCCAGGUCAGGAGAUACACUGCUUCCUCUGAGCUGCUUACAAACCUAAAGAUGAAAUAAUGAAUUCAUCCAGGAGGGGUUUUCAAGAGAAUGUCAACAAAGACAAUUAUGAUGAGCGACUUGAUCUCCUAUUUUAAUGACUGUAUGAGUUUCUAUUAACAUGGCCAGUUAUUUAUUCUUAAUUGGUUACCUUAACCCGAAUGAAUCGGUGUGUACUGUAAUCCCUCUUUCCUAAAGCAAAUUAAAUGUUUUUUGAACAAAGA